CUGGGGCUAGGGUUACAAUCACGUGGCGGUAAUUCAGGCAAGUCUUUAGUGUCGUGUCUCGUGUAGGUAAGCGUCACAUUGGCUCCACUGACAAACACGCCGAAAGCUCCAUGUGACGCAGGACGCUGGGGACGACGUCGUGGACGCUGGAUUCAUCGUCGACAUGACGGCCCGGGUACAGGAGGGGAAUUGUCGCGCUUUCGAGCUUCCCAGCAACGACCCGUUUCUGCCGAAGCUGCACCAGAUUGGAAACUCCCUCGACGACAUUGCCAGUCACUUAACGCCCAAAGGCGGUGUGAGCUUUUACCCCCGGAAUAUGGGCAAGAAUCCCUCUACACUGGUGAAGAGCCUGUGCUCCCGGAUAGAAGAGAAAUACACCUCAGAUGAACAGAGUUUGGUGUAUCUUGCUAACUCCCUCUCUGUCACCAUCAAUAUCCCCAUCCAAAAGGUGCCCCAGCAAGUCGUCUGUGACGUGUGUAUCGUGUCACAAAGCGCGCCUGUCGUUGUCAUGACGCUCGUCGUGAAAAAUUCGGAAGCACCUGAGCUCGUUGACUAUAACCUCCAGAUUACCAAGGGCUUCGUGUCUCAGGUCCGUAACUUUACCGAUGAACACUUCAGUGCCCUGUAUGGUGUUCUUCAGGAGAGUGACCUUGCCUCUGAGGCCUCCUUUCAGACUGCCAUUGAGAGAAUUCGGUCCCAUUCAUCCUCUUUCUGUAUCCCCGACUCGUUAAGCAUGAACGAAGAGAAAUUUAGGGACAUUGUAAAAGCCCUAGCGGCUUCAGUAGCGGUAUCCAAGGCAUUACAGGUGAUCAAGUCCCCCGCACCGGAAGCUGUGGAUGAGGCAGACUUUGAGGACGAAGAGGAGGGGGGUCUGUGGUUACUUACAAAGGAUCAGUUUGUGCUGCUGACGGAGAAUAUCGACACCUCUGGAUUGGUAGUGGUGUGGGCAUCCACACAUACGGGUUCCAGCACUCUCCUCAUGGAAGUCGCGAGCAGGCUUCAGCAAAGCGGGAACACCCUGCUGGUGUCAGGGUCAAAGGCUGUAUGCGAAUCUGCAAGACACAACCAGGUAUGCUACCGGGUGGUGAGCAGCGCUGAUUUCCUGCAGCUGCAGGCGAAUAUCGGCGGGAUGCUUGCUGAGUUCGAGCAUAUCGUUGCAGAGGACAUUCCCGAGGUGAUGCUACAUGGUGCCAGGAAAAGUCACGUGUGGCUCUGCAUGAAGGUCAAAGAAAACACAACUCCGAAAGGCAACGCCGCGUCUCCGAAAUCUCCAGUCUUCGUAUCCAUGAACGGCCGCCCCCCCUUAAGCCCCGCGACAGCAACGGCGGUGGCAGGUAAAGACCCCGUUUACAGAACCACCAUCAGCUUCAGCCUCCCUGUGGACACCCAUGAACCAUGGGUAUACGAUUUCACCGUCGUCACGGACAAUAACAAGAAGGUCAUUGUGGCAAUAGACCGUCCCAACUGCAGGAUCAAAUGUUUCUAUACAGAAGACGGGGAAAUACGUACCAGUUACCUGUCUGUUGACAAAGACACUACGGGGAUUACAAACAUUGACAACAGGGUUGCCCUCACUGUACCCAAAUCACGCCUCAUCCGGGUCAUCAGCGUCAUCCCUGACCUUCACCCUCACAGUAUCAUUCCUACUCAGAGACGUUACUAUGACAUCGCGACUUUGGGCUUCCAGAAGAUGGCUGUGAGUGCGCCGCUUGAUGGCCGGCCUUGUGUCGACAUCAUUGACUACAGCGGGAACAUUCUCAAAUCCAUCGCCACCGACGACGAGGGUCAGACUUUGUUCAACCAUCCUCUCACCGUUCAGACCAUCUUCCCGAAUAAGGUUCUUGUUUAUGAUAAACACAACGGCGCCAUUGUGUGUGUAUCCGAGCGAGGCCAGUUGUUGUUCAGAUAUAUUCACGAGAGGAAACUUGAAAACCCGUGUGGGAUGACCGUGACGCCAGCCGGUGAAAUCUUGGUGGCCGACUCGCGACAACAUCGCGUCAUCCACAUCAACCAAGAGGGGAAGUUCAUGAGGAACAUUCUGACCCGCCCCAACGGCAUGGUCUUCCCCUACCGCGUCUGCUGCGACGGCACGGGUGUGCUUUAUGUCGCUACUCAUUACAAGGAGGUCAAACUGUACGAGUUUAAGUGAUAUGUUGCAGCAACGAGGCCCAGUAUGCUGUUUGUUUGUUCUUUAACGCCGCACUCAGCAAUAUUACAGCUUUAUGACGGCGCUCUAUUAAUAAUCGAGUUUGGACCAGACAGUGAUUGCCACCAUGCGCAUCGAUCUACGCAACUGGAA